AUGAGCACUAGUGGUAGCGAAGCUCCUAAGAAAUCGUCCAAGGAGGGCACCUCACAUCAAGCGCUCCGUUUCAAUGCAUCUGUUCUGAUGUUGAGCUCACUGGGAUUCGCUCAAGUCGUAGCGCAGUGGCUUGUCGUAAAAGCUACGAUGAUCAUCGCUCAAGUGCUCAUUCUUAUCUUGUGUGCUUUUUCACAUGAGUGGAACUUUGUCCACGGUGAAGCACUGACGCGACAUCGUCGGGCACAUUUUAACAUCGCCAACGUCGUUCUCGAAACCUAUCAGCCUCGAGCCAGGACAGAAGGUCAUCUGUUCGCCAGUCCAGAACCACCGACACCUGGUUUUGUGGCAGUAGUGAGUUCUGAAGAGGACGGCAAAAAGACUGCUUUCACUGACCAACGUGACGCGCACUAUGCUGGAAUGUACACGCAUGCUUUGCAGAGGGCUAAAGAAAUGGAAAUGAUGGAUAGGAGUGUCGGCGCAUGUUCAUCUCUGGACGCUGCUCAACUUGAAAAUGUCCAAUUGAAGCCGGCUAAUCCGGAACAAGAUAAGAAGGAGCAUGAGGAGAAAAAGAAGAAGGAAACUGAAGAAUAUCUCAAACAGUUUGAAAAACCAUUUUCGUGUUGA